AUGAGGAAGUUCAAGAACAAGGGCAAGGAUGCAGCUGCCCUGCGGAGGCAGAGAGCGGAGGUGAACAUUGAGCUGCGGAAGGCCAAGAAGGAUGAGCAGAUCCUGAAGCGCAGGAGUAUUUCGUUCAGGGUGAUGGAGGAGAGUCCCUCUCUGGGAGAAGACAAAGUAAACGAGGUGAGUGCUGGGUGGUCCUUGGAGGAAAUCGUUGAAGCUGUGAACGGGAACAACACGGAGCUGCAGCUGCAGGCGACGCAGGCCACCAGAAGAAUGCUGUCCAGGCAGAAGGACCCCCCUAUCAAUCAGAUCAUUGAGCUGGGGAUCAUCCCCAGGCUGGUUGAGUUCCUGGCCCGUGCUGACAGCGCUCCGCUGCAGUUUGAAGCAGCCUGGGCACUGACUAACAUCGCCUCGGGCACCUCUGAGCACACCCGGGCAGUGGUGGAGGAAGGUGCCAUCCCAGCCUUCAUCUCCCUCCUGUCCUCCCCACACAUGCACAUCAGUGAGCAGGCUGUGUGGGCACUGGGCAACAUUGCAGGUGAUGGUCCUCUAUACAGAGAUGCUCUUAUCAAUUGCAAUGCGAUUCCUCCCUUGCUGGCUCUGGUGGUGCUACCUCUUCCUCACUUGUUACUGCAGUGAGGCUCUUACACCUCUCUUGUGUUUCAGGUUGGGUUCCUGAGGAACAUCACGUGGACACUGUCAAACCUCUGUAGGAACAAGAACCCCUACCCUCCUCUGGAUGCGGUGAAGAACAUGCUGCCGGUCCUCAUCUGCCUUGUGGAACAUGAGGACAAGGAGAUCGUUUCUGACUCCUGCUGGGCUGUUUCCUAUCUGACUGAUAGUGCCAAUGAUCGCAUCCAAAUUGUGGUGGAUACAGGAAUUCUCCCAAGGCUGGUGGAGCUCAUGGCCAGCCCAGAGUUGAUUGUUAUGACUCCAGCUCUCCGUGCCAUUGGGAAUGUAGUCACAGGGACCGAUGAGCAGACCCAGGCAGCUAUUGAUGCUGGUGUCUUGGCUGUCCUGCCCUGCCUCCUGCGACAUGCAAAGCCAACUAUACAGAAGGAAGCUGCGUGGGCGCUCAGUAACAUUGCAGCAGGGCCUUGCCAGCAGAUCCAGCAACUCAUCACCUGUGGGUUAUUGCCACCUCUGGUGGAGCUCCUUGAUAAGGGGGACUUCAAAGCUCAGAAAGAAGCUGUGUGGGCAGUGGCCAACUUCACAACAGGAGGCACUGUGGAGCAGGUGGUGGAGCUCAUCCAGUCUGGCGUCCUCAAACCUCUGCUCAACCUGCUCUUGGCCAAAGACAGCAAAACUAUUCUGGUCAUCCUGGAUGCCAUUUCAAAUAUGUUCCUGGCAGCUGAGAAGCUGGGAGAGACAGAAAGGCUGUGUCUGCUAGUGGAAGAGCUUGAUGGUCUGGAGAAAAUUGAAGCCUUGCAAACCCACGACAACAACAUGAUCUACCGAGCUGCACUGAAUAUCAUAGAGAAAUACUUUUCUGGUGAGGAAGAUCCAGAUCUCCAGCCUGGGACUGGCCAAGAUGGACUAUAUGAUUUCUCAGUGAAGAAGCAAGACUUCAACUUCUGACGAUGAAGCACUACACAGCCCUGAACUGGUGGGUGGA